AGAAAGAGUGUUAUCCUUCUCACAGGUCUCUUUGGGUUUUCGGCUAUAAAAGCAGAGAGCUUUUGAAGAGAAGACACUUCACCAAGAGCUGCAUACUCACAAGACUCUCUACUGAACGUCCACUCCACAACCGGCCUGUGAGUAUCAACUUCUCUCUCCUCUCAGUCUUUCCUUAUGCAAAAUCUGUUUUUACACGUUUUUUUCUCUCUUUCUGUCUACCUGUAUAUCUCUCUCUCACACUCUCUCAACGGUGUCUCUGUAUCUUUCUCUCUCACUCUCUCGCUCUCUCUCUCUCUCUCAUCAGUCUCUAUCUCCCUUGCCUAUCUCUUUCUAUCUAGCUAUAUAUCUCCAUCUUUAUCACACCUCUUAUAAUCUCUAUGUUCUAUCUGUGUUUUAGGCCUAUUUCUAGUACUUACAAGUUCUACUAUUUAUGACAUUCAGUCUUUUGAGUGUGAGAUUGCAUCAGCUCUGAACUGUUGGGAAACUGACAGAAGCAAUGCCCUCAAGUGCCUCCCACUGGGCACACCACGUAAUUUCAAUGUUGAGAAUUGGGUAAUAUUUGGUAGAUACGUUGAUCAAUGAUAUUCCAAACUAUGCUUUCAACCAUCUAAAAGCACAACUAAAUUCCAAUGGAAAAUCAAUGUCAGAUGUUUUGUUUCGUUGUCAUCUAAAUGUGUUAUCACUGCGCUUUCAACCAUUUAAAAGCACAACAAAGUUCAAAUGUGAAUACAAUGUCAGAUAUUUUGUUUAUUUAUACAACAACUUAAUGGGUCAUCACUGUGCGGCAGGUAGCUUAGUGGUUAAGAGCGUUGUGCCAGUAACCGAAAGGUCGCUGGUUCUAAUCCCCGAGCCCACUAGGUGAAAAAUCUGUUGAUGUGCCCUUGAGCAAGGCACUUAACCCUAAUUGCUCUGGAUAAGAGCGUCUGCUAAAUAACUUAAAUGUAAAUGUGCUUCAUCUAUUACCACAACUAAAUGACCUGGAUUGCAGUUGAGAUUUCGUUAAAGUACAUGGUGCAAGUGAUCAAUGCCGUUUGAGAUUCUGAGCAGAUUAUUAUAGCAAUUGUGAACAUUUCCACAGACCUGCGACCCUGAACAUGCACACUUUCUAUGACUACAUAAAAAUAAAUGUAUUGUUACAGCAACCUCAAAAUGUGGCAAUGGAUGUGUAACUCAUUUUAAGGUGGAAUAAAUAGUUUUACAUACGUUUGUAAGAUAUCCUUUACAUUAGGCUAUUUACUGUCUCACAAAAGUAAUUGAAUUUUGUUUGGUUGUCAACGCAACCAAAUAUCAACAUUUAAAGGAGAUCCUCUGCUUGGAUGGCUCCGUCUGUGCCACUGAGUCUGGCUUUAAUUCCAGUUUGUCUGCAAAUGUAUAAUCGAUGUGUUGGAUUCACGUCUACAUUUCAACCAAAAAUCUAAGUUAAAGAAUAGAACUAAAUCAAAUCAAACUUUAAAUGCACUUUAUAUACAGUUUGAUUUGAUUUAAUCAUAUUCUUUCACUUAGAUUUUUGGUUGAGAUGUGAUUCCAACAUAUUAUUAUUAACUUGUAGAUUCCAUUUGAAAUCAACCAAAGCUUGAAACCCGGAUAGCCCUAUAUGUAUUGUCUAUUUUUAGUUGAAGUCUGAAUUUAAACAAUAGCUGUUGAUGACUUCCCAAAUGCUAUAUAGUCCUAAAUAACAUCAUUGAUUAUAGAUAAAAUAUGGUUACAUUUCAUUUGCUUUGUUGAAAGUACCCUUUGGAAUGACUUUGAUAGCAACAGUGAAUCUAUUAAGUGGAGAUUUCUCAACAAUAAUUCUCACGAUAGCACAUUAGUAAUAGUCAGUGACAAAUAGCAAAGCUAAGCAGAUUUGGGUUUGGUUAAAAUCCUGGAUGGGAGACUGAAUGGACAGCUGUAGAUAGAUCAACUCUUCAGUAGAUGAUGCUGCCCAGCCUAUUGUUUUUGUUUACUUAUAGUGGAUAUUACCUUGAAGAUCUGACUUUGUUUCAAAGAUACAAAUUCAACAUAUUUUAUACAAGGUUUGUCUAUGUUGAAAAUUGGUUACCAUGAUGACAUUAUCCUGCGGUUGAAAUAUUGCCCUCAAAACAACAGUUGAUGACUUUUUUCAAAUCCAAUGUAUUUUCCAGGUAGAUUCCACGUCACAAUAAGUUGAGAAAUUGCUUUGAAACAACGUUGAUUUAACUAGUUUGUGCCCAAUGAAUUGUUUUUAAUCUCUGUUGAUCUUCUCAUUUCAGAAUCAUGUCCAGGAACUACAUGUCCAAGUAUGACGAGAUGCGUAAGGGAGACUACCUUAUGUCCAACAACCACGAGUGGAAAGCCUGCUUCCAGGUAACUUGAAAAAUGAUAUGGGCCUACUUGAAAGUGUUCUUUUUGGAGUCCAUAGAAUACUUUUCCUAUGACUUUGGAACUGGAUAGUUAAAUGAAUGUAUCCAUUCUAUUUCUUUACAUAGGAGGAUGGCAACUUUGUGAUCUAUGGCUGGAAGCCCAUGUGGAACUCUGACACCGCUGGCCAGCGCGACGCCCACCGCCUGUGCAUGCAGGACGACUGCAACUUUGUCAUGUACAAGAAGGACAACAAGAUGAUGUGGCAGACUAAGUGCCCGGCGUCCGGUGGCUUCAAGAUGUGCCGCAUGUGGCUGCGUAAUGAUGGCACCAUGGUGGUGGAGAGGGACGGCGAAGAGGUAUGGUCCUCUGCUCAGUCUAAGGGAUUCAAGCAGUGAGCUAAGCACCUGCAGCUCUACCGGGGAUAGGUUCAUGCUGAUAAUACCCACACUUUCCAUCUGUGCUGUAUGCCUGUCUUCCUUGACCAAUGUUCAAUAAAGAGC